UACAAGGGUGACACGGGCAUUCCAGGACCUAUGGGACCUCCAGGUGACCCUGGAAAAGAGGGAACACCCGGAAAUCCUGGCUUACCUGGACAAGAUGGGAGGCAGGGAGAAGCGGGAGCUCCAGGACGACCAGGAAAACGAGGAUCGGCAGGUGCAAAGGGGUCGGCGGGAGAUGCUGGCCCUGUAGGAUCCCAAGGGGAUCGAGGAUUAGCUGGAAAAAGGGGCAGACAAGGAAAACCAGGCAAACGUGGAAAAAUUGGUGAACCAGGACCAACGGGCUCCCAAGGAGAUCCUGGGUAUAGAGGAGCAGAGGGAAGAGCAGGAGUAAAGGGCCAGCAAGGAAAACCAGGCAUUGAUGGUUUACCAGGAGCAAAAGGAGAUCAGGGAAGCCCAGGUGAAAUUGGUGAAACUGGAAGACCGGGACCGAAGGGAGCCCAAGGUGCACGAGGUAAAUCAGGAAGAACUGGUAGCCCUGGAUUGCAGGGCCAAUCUGGUGAUGAUGGUCGACCUGGCUCUGCCGGGAUGGCUGGACAACAAGGCCAACCGGGCGCUAUGGGAUUCAGUGGCGCUAGAGGAGCUGUGGGUGCCCCAGGUCAAGACGGCGCACCAGGAGAACGCGGAGCAAGAGGAGACAAGGGGAAUCGUGGCAACAGAGGCCAGCAGGGUAAGACGGGUUCCCCAGGCAGAGAGGUAUGUUUAUGUUAACAAGUUUACACAACUGAAAUAACCAUUAUGUACCCUUGGCCA